AGAUGUAUAGUCGAUCCCGCGUACGAGAAGGCGGUCUAAUUCAUUGAUACAUUUUAAACAGCAGAUAUUUAAAAUAACGUCUUUUUAAUUUAACGGUCCUCCUAAUGAUGGGCCACACUCAGACAUGUCUCCCAUCGACCCGGCGAUAGAAACUGACCAUCGCGUCGUUAGCCCCAUAGUAGAACACGAAGGCAGAAUGCAGUAAAUGUAAUGCCCCCCUAUGUGCAUCGGUCAGACCGGACCCAUCCUUUUGCGAAAGGAAACCUGUCCGUCAGUCAGUCAGCCAGUCAGGCGGUCGGCUGCCGGUACUUGCAAUCUGCGCAUGUCCUUACAUCGGGCAAGUGUCAAUGUGCUCACCCUCGUGAGUGCAAGUCUACGAAAGAUUCGGACGCAGCAGUGUAUCGUAUCUUCCGAUUUCCGCAACUCUUCCGACGCGUCACAAGUGCUUGGGUGUUCUAUUUUAAGACGCAGAACAAGAUCCUUACUGACAUUGGCGUGGAACUAUUGUUUAUCGGCAGCAUCCGCACUCCGGUCCGCAAAACUGUCUUCACAUAUUGGUGGCUAUAGUUCCUGUUGCGGUUGUUUGCUUUAUGUGGACACUCCUUUGGUUGAUUAGAUGUGGCCGUAAAUAUGGCAGUGGGUGCUAUCAUUGUCAAGGUUUCGUGCUGACCAGUUUGCUUGCUCUUAGUUCGUUCUGAGAGAGGUCUUCGGUUGGCCGUCUGGCACGUUAAUUGAGUGAAAUGUGAUGUGGAGGUGCUGGAUGCUGAUGUCAUUCCGGGUCUGUAGGAAGAUUCGGACUGCUGUGCUUCUAUUCAUUAAGUGAUAUUGAAAUAAAUUCUAGUCGCUUUCGGCUUUCGAAGUGUGGUGCAGUCUGUCUAUGAUAAUGUAGCAUUAUAAGUGCAACGUAUAACGUACGGGAUAAAAAGGCUGAUACAGAAAAACCAAUGUGUGUGUCUUAAGCGAGCGAAGCAAGAAGCCUUUUUUCUCUCUCGGUCAUUUUUGUAGGCAAUAUAUUGUGCACGGAAUCGAUUUUUGUAUCCACACACCGCUGGACUGCUAGUUUAGCCUCUUCCCAGUGCCAAGCCAAACAUCCUGCUUCAUCAGCGUCUUAUGUGCUAUCCUUUUGGAGCAUUUAGUGGCGAGUGUUUGUGCUGUGAGGCGUGAAAGAUGAGACGAGACGAGACGUACCGGCGCAUCACGCGCGAAAAGGUGGUAGUCAGAGGCAACACCACCAUCCGGACGCUGGAUUCAACAGUUUCCUUUCUGCCAAUCGUAGAAUCUUCCGCACCAUCCACGUCCGGCUUCCAGCAUAUGGCCCGCAUGAUGGACACUUUGAUCCUGGAUAAUUUGGCACCGUUCGCCUUUACGAAAAUCACAACCACGCACCGUCCGACAAGGAUUGGCGGUGGCAGUGGUGGAGGAGGGAGUGGAAGUGGUGGCAGUGGUUCUGGCAGCAAUGGUGUCCCCGGGGGAGGAGGAGGAGGCGGUGGUGGUUCUGGUGGUGGAGGAGUCGGUGGCGGUGGUCUCCUGGACCAUGCUCGUACUGUUGGACCGCUGGGAGGCAUGGGCCAGGAAGGGUUGCUGCGGAACGGACCGGGUGGGCACGGAAGCGGCGGCGGUAUGGGCGUGAAGAAGGCAACCAGCACGAGCAACGUCAGCAAUCUGAUCGGUGCCGGGACGGUCAGCACGUCCACGAUUCGGGUGAACCUGCAGAAGAACAAAAUACCGACACAAGGUCAGUGCGGUCCGCUACCUGGUGAGGUCCAUCCGAACCCGCGCCAUGCGAAUCUGGCCUCCAACGCGUCCUCACCGCCAACGGCGACCGAUUCCCGCUGGAUCUCGUCACUUCGCCGACGCGAUCCGGAACUCCAACCGACACUGCCCUCGAUCAAUCACUCCAAUCACCACAGUACCUCAUCGCUGACCCAGCAAAACAGUAUCGGCUACACCAGCUCCUCCAACACGCCCAACACGGAUCGGCGCAGCAGUCGGACCAGUGGACAAAAGUCCUCCCUUCGCAAGAGCCGCUCGGUCGAGCGCAUCCGGGCCCGCAAGUUGGCCACCUCCAAGAUCAAGGAACGGCCCAAGAAAUCGUCCUCCGAAGAGGGUGGCGGUUCGGACGAUCAGGAAGUUACCUCAGUGGAGGAGAACUCUCCACAGCAGCAACACUCGCCUGUCAAGCGUGUGGAAAAGUCGAAGAUGUUUAACGCGAUCGGUUACGAACCGCAUCUGAUCGACACGCUCGAGAAGGACAUGCUGCAGAAGAACCCGAACGUGCAGUGGAACGAUGUGGCCGGGCUGAAUGAGGCGAAAGCGAUCCUGCAGGAAGCGGUCGUGCUGCCGGUAAUACUGCCAGACUUCUUCCGCGGCAUUCGCCGACCGUGGAAAGGUGUGCUGAUGGUUGGACCACCCGGUACCGGCAAAACGAUGCUCGCGAAAGCGGUCGCAACGGAGUGCGGGACGACGUUCUUCAACGUGUCCUCCAGCACGCUGACGUCCAAGUACCGGGGCGAAAGUGAGAAGCUGGUACGGUUGCUGUUCGAGAUGGCCCGGUUCUACGCACCGAGCACGAUCUUUAUCGAUGAGAUCGAUUCGCUGUGUGCGUGUCGGGGUAGCGACUCGGAGCAUGAGGCAAGCCGGCGCUUCAAGGCGGAACUGUUGAUACAGAUGGAUGGGCUGAAUGCGGCCAAUGAUGAUAAGGUUAUCAUGGUACUGGCCGCCACGAACCAUCCCUGGGAUAUCGAUGAAGCAUUCCGGCGCCGGUUCGAGAAACGCGUCUACAUUGGUCUUCCGAACGAUAACACUCGCAAGGCACUGUUGGAGCUGUGCCUGAAGGGUGUGAACAUUUCACCGGAUUUGAACACGGACUCGAUAACGGAGCAGCUCAGCGGGUACACCGGAUCCGAUAUUGCGAACGUUUGUCGCGACGCCGCAAUGAUGGCCAUGAGACGGCACAUCAACGGGCUGAGCCCGUCCGAGAUCAAGAUGAUACGCCGGGAGGAAGUCGAUCUACCGGUAACGGCACAGGACUUCCAGGACGCGAUGGUAAAAACGCGCAAAUCGGUCUCGGCGAACGAUGUCGCCCGGUACGAAACGUGGAUGGAUGAGUACGGAUCGUGCUAGUGUUACGUGUAGGAAUGUGAAUCUGGCUCCCAUCGGUACUGGAGAUGCUCAAAACCUUCAAACCCAAAAACCUCCUCGUACUCUAGUGCUCUAGCUAAGACAAUGGACGUUUUGUAAUGGGAUUCGUUUGCUUCAUCGCCGGUCCGGUUCGGUCUUCUUUGGAUCUACGCACUCACACCGGUCCAAGCAUAAUCCAAACAGACCACGUACGAACGAUCGUCUCAGUUAAAUAGUUAUCGAAUGCUUGCGAGAUCCAUACACUGAUUAAUUUAUUCCGUUAAUUUAUUUGUUGUAAACCAUACCUGUUUCCUUUUGCAUACGAAUAGUCCAAUAAAACGCGCUCAUGUUAAUCACU